CGCGCGCCCUGGUCCCCGGGACGCCAGAGCCCGGAGCGCCGGCCCAGCCAGAGCAGCCAGAGCAGCAGCCGCCGCAAGCGUAGGAUGCCCAGGGCUGAGCUGUGAGUCGCUGCCCACUGCCCGUGCGCCAUGGAGUCCCGAGGGAAGCCGGCCAGCAGCCCCAAGCCCGACGCCAAGGUGCCCCCAGCCGAGGCCAAAGCCCCCGCAGCUGCCGACGGGAAGACCCCAGCGGCGGCCAAGCCUGGGAAGAAGGAGGCGCCGGAGCAGCCGGCAGCCCCUGCCGCCCCACUGCCCUCCAAGAAGCCCCCGGCCAAGGUGGACCCGGGUCUCCUGAACAACCACAGCAACCUGAAACCGGGCCCCGCGGCCCCCAGCACCUCCGACUCCACCCCUGAGCCCAAGGGACCUGGUGAUGGUGCUGAGGAGGAGGAGGCAAGCAGCGGACGCCGAGGCCCCUUCGAGAACUUGACGCCGAUGCUGGUGGCUGGGGGUGUGGCUGUGGCCAUGGCCGCUGUGGUCCUGGGAGUGGCACUGCUGGUGGCCCGGAAAAAGUGACCGCAGGGGUCCGGCCGGGGUGCAGCCCCGACCUGUACAGUCCGGGGUUCUUGUGCAUGCGAGCCCACGCCCAGCUCCGUCCACCCUACCUAAAUAGCAGCAGAGAGACCCCCAGUGACACGGGCCAGACCCCCGACUUCCCUCUCAGUCCCGCUGGCAGAGGGGCCACCUGAGCAGGUGGCCCUCAGGGCUGGCAGGGGCCCUCCAGGGACAGGGCUGGGUCCAGUCUCCCCACAUCAGCUCAGCUGAGAGCAGGGUAUCUGGUGGGGUGACAGCUCUGUCCCCAUCAGCGCCACUGCAGCUCCGCCGGCCAGGCCACACACUGACCCGCUUGCACCAAUAGCCCUUCCCUGCAUCUAGACCCUGGUCCCAGGACCCUGCCAGAGUCCGCCCACCGCCCUGGCAUCACUUAUGUCCCAAGCGUAUAAAUGCAAUAACAGGUAGAAUAGAAUCGAGAGGUGCCAGCACCCCUGUGUCCGUGGCCCCGGCCCCCACCCCCACCCUGUGCCAGUGCCUGGAGUGCCCAGGGCCGCAGCGGCCAGCUAUGGGGGGUGGGCAGCGGAUCCGUUAAGGCCGCCAGGCUGGUGGCCGCGGGGAAGCUGUGUCUGGAAUAAACUCCCGUCCAAAGGCC